AUGAAAUUGCCGCAGCAUGAUGUCGAAAGUCGCCUUAUCAGUUGUGAUAAAUUAUGGAGCAGACAGGAAUGUCGUCUAUGGACAGCCAGUUUGUUUCUUGGUACAUGUAUGUUGUAUGCGGCACGUGUUGCUUUACCAGUAUGUGCUACAGUUAUUGCUCACGAAUAUUCGUGGAACAAAAAUGAUGCAGGUACUGUAUUGUCGUCGUUCUUUUGGGGAUAUGCUUGCACUCAAAUAAUUGCUGGUCACGUGGCUGAUCGUGUGGGUGCUGAGAAGGUAUUGAGAAUCUGUACAUUCUCAUGGGCUUUGCUUACUUUCUUUACUCCUUUGUUAUUCGACCUGUCAUAUGCAACAAACCAUCCAAUGCUCUUUAUAAUAAUCAUUCGUUCUGCGACAGGCAUUGGACAAGCUUUCCAUCUCCCAUCGAUGGCUUCGAUGACUUCUCGACACCUGACGUCAUUUGACAAGGGACGCAUAUUAGGCAUAUGUCUGGCAGGAUCUCAUCUUGGAACAGCGUUAGCGGGUGCAGUUGGUUCAAUAUUACUAGAAACUUUUGGUUGGCGUGCGCUAUUUCAAUGUGUAGGAUUGAUGUCAUUUCUGUGGUGGGGAUUGCUUCGCUUCAUGUCAUCAUCGCGUAACCAAUCUGGUGACUUGAAUAGUGCAAAGAGUGAUGGAUUGAAAAUGUCCUUAAUUAAUAGCUUGCGGAAAUCAUUUAAUAGUAAUUCCUCCGAAAAUGCGGUUCCUUGGAGUGUACUCUUGAAACAUCGAUCAUUUUGGGCAGCAGCGAUUGCGCAGUACUGUGGUGCGAACGCUUAUUAUACCCUGUUUAGUUGGCUUCCAUAUUAUUUCGCAGAUACAUAUCCUGAAGCGAAAGGAGUUGUAUAUAAUGUAGUACCUUCACUUGCAAUUGUUAUAACUGCCUUUUUUGCCCCGUUUAUUGCAACAACAUUGUUUCUCCAUGUGCAUUCGCUUACUCUAACCAGGAAAUUAAUGGAGGGCAUUUCAUUGACUGCAAUUGCAGUAUGCUUACUAAUUUCAACGCAAUCAAUGAGUUUCAGUUCGGCUUUAUUCACUUUUACAUUAGCCAUGGCAGCACGUGGCUUUCAUCAUGGUGGUGUUUCGGUGAAUCCAUGUGAUCUUGCUCCUAAUCAUACUGGCUCAGUUUUUGGUGUUUUCAAUGCGUUUUCCGCAAUAACCGGUUUUGUCGGAGUAUAUCUUGCUGGAUAUAUAUUACAUGAAACGGGCAGCGUUUGGGCCUAUGUGUUUGUUUUUACUUCUUUGCAGUGCUUUAUCGGAGCAAUUGUUUUUUCUAUGUUUGGUACCGCAAAUAGAAUUAUUUGA